AUGACCUCCAGGAGAGGGCGCCAACAAAGCUGCGGCCACCGUGACAGAUGGCUUGAACGGCCUCCAGGAGAGGGCGCUGCCGACACUGCGGCCAACAUGGCGGAUACCAUGAACGGCCAUUUGAACAACUUCGCGAAUGUCUUCAACGGCCACUGGAACAGCCUCCAGGAGGGCGCCAACCAAGCUGCGGCCUCUGUGACGAAUGGCUUGAACGGCCUCCAGGAGAGCGCCAACGGCGCUGCAGCCGACAUGCAGACCGCCGUGGAUGGCCACGUGAACGCCCUGACUGGCGCUGCUGCCGACGCGCAGAACGCCGCGACUGCCCAGUUGAAUGGCCUCCAGGAGAGCGCCACCGGCGCUGCGGCCGAUAUGCAGACCGCCGUGAAUGGCCAGGUGAACGCCGUGACUGGUGCUGCUGCCGACGCGCAGAACGCCGCGACUGCCCAGUUGAAUGGCCUCCAGGAGAGCGCCAACGGCGCUGCGGCCGACAUGCAGACCGCCGUGAAUGGCCAGGUGAACGCCGUGACUGGCGCUGCUGCCGACGCGCAGAACGCCGCGACUGCUCAGCUGAAUGGCCUCCAGGAGAGAGCGCCACCGGCGCCGUGA